CCUCCCUCUUCUUUACUUAAUUCACAGCUCUCAUGGCUUCCAUGACUUCUUCUUCUUCUUCCUUUGGAAACUCCAUUUUUUUGCCAACACCAACAGCUUCUGAUAACCUGGUCAGAAACAUUCCAUUCUGUUUUGAAACCAUUCCCUUUUCCAAACACAAAGUCCGCAGGUUGACAAUAACCAACGUUGCAACCCCAUUGCGACCAACCUCUCCUCCUCCAGCAGAUAAAGAAAUUGAACAACGUAAGUUGAGCAGCCAUGCUGCCUGGACCAGUGUGCGCCAAGAGAGAUGGGAAGGAGAGCUUGAUGUACAAGGAACAAUACCUCUCUGGCUGAACGGGACGUACCUUAGAAACGGUCCGGGCAUGUGGCAUAUCGACGACUACACCUUCCGGCACCUCUUCGACGGCUACGCAACACUUGUCAAACUCCAUUUCGAGAACGGCCGGGUAAUCGCCGGCCACCGCCAGAUCGAAUCGGAGGCCUAUAAGGCGGCCAAGAAAAACAAAAAGCUGUGCUACCGAGAAUUCUCCGAGGUACCUAAGCAAGACAACUUCCUAUCCUAUGUAGGGGAGCUGGCGAGCUUGUUCUCCGGCUCCUCCUUAACCGACAAUGCAAACACCGGCGUCGUUAAGCUCGGCGACGGCCGCGUAGUUUGCUUGACUGAGACUCAAAAAGGAUCGAUAAUAAUAGACCCCAACACGCUCGACACCCUGGGGAAGUUCGAGUACAGCGAUUGUUUAGGGGGUUUGAUCCACUCGGCGCACCCGAUCGUGACCGAGACGGAGUUUUUGACGCUGUUGCCGGAUCUGGUUAAACCGGGAUACUUGGUGGUGAGGAUGGAACCGGGAACCAACGAGAGGAAAGUGAUCGGCCGUGUUGACUGCCGUGGUGGACCGGCGCCGGGGUGGGUUCACUCUUUUCCGGUGACGGAGCACUAUGUGAUCGUGCCGGAGAUGUCGCUGAGGUAUUGUGCUCAGAACUUGCUCAAGGCUGAGCCCACACCUUUGUACAAGUUUAGGUGGCACCCUAAUUCCAAGGCAUUUGUGCAUGUUAUGUGCAAGACUAGUGGCAAAGUUGUGGUGAGCGUGCAAGUGCCGUUGUACGUUACUUUCCAUUUUAUCAAUGCUUACGAAGAGAGAGAUGAAGAUGGGAGGUUGACGGCCAUUGUUGCAGACUGUUGUGAACAUAAUGCGGACACCACCAUUCUGGAUAAACUCAGGCUACACAAUCUUCGUACUUUAAUGGGUCAAGAUGUACUACCAGAUGCCAGGGUUGGAAGGUUUACCAUACCACUGGACGGUAGUCCAUAUGGGAAAUUGGAUGCAGCAUUAGACCCAAAUGAACAUGGAAGAGGCAUGGACAUGUGCAGCAUCAACCCUGCAUAUUUAGGCAAAAAAUAUAGAUACGCUUAUGCUUGUGGGGCCCAGCGUCCAUGCAAUUUUCCCAACACACUCACUAAGAUUGACUUGGUGAAUAAAAAGGCUAAGAAUUGGUACGACGAAGGCACGGUGCCGUCGGAACCUUUCUUCGUGGCUCGACCUGGGGCAACAGAGGAAGAUGACGGCGUGGUGAUCUCGAUGGUUAGUGAGAAAAGUGGAGAUGGAUAUGCACUGUUAUUAGAUGGAGCAACCUUCGAAGAGAUUGCCAGAGCAAAGUUUCCCUAUGGACUUCCAUAUGGGCUGCAUGGAUGCUGGGUGCCAAACAAGUGAAUUGACAGUAUUAAAUACUAGCUUCGCUAUAUUUCUAAAACUGAAAGUUUAUUCAGUGAUCGACAGCUGCAAAUAUAUGAAUUCACCAAAAAGACAGCUACGAAUAUACGAACCUCACGUGCAUUAGAUAUGACUUUUUGGAUACGUACAUUGGGAUGGUAUACAAUAUGAGGAAGAGCAAUGCAAUGGAAAAGAAAGUAUGUUCAUUAUAGUUAUUUUAUUUGGGGAUGAGUAAUAUUGUUGGUGAUCUAUUAAUUAUGUAAAUCUUCCAGAAGUUUGAGAAAUGAAAGUUGAUGAGUGCGUAUUUUAACUGUAAA